UCUCUCUCUCUCUCACACAUGGAUUCCUUAUCGCUUUUCUUCUUUCUUCUUUCUUUAAUUGUACACGCUCGUGCUCAGCUUCCCGGCACUUGGGAGGUGCUGGUCCCCAACGCCGGCAUCGCCUCCAUGCACACCGCCGUCACCCGCUUCAAUACCGUCGUCCUGCUCGACCGGACCAACAUCGGACCUUCUAGAAAAAUGCUCAUCAAAGGUCGCUGCCGCUUCGACAAAAACGACCCCAUUCUGAAACGCGAUUGCUACGCUCACUCUGUUCAAUUAGACUUGCAAACCAACCAAAUCCGACCACUCAUGAUACUCACUGAUACUUGGUGCUCGUCGGGUCAGUUCCUACCUGAUGGUACCCUCUUGCAAACGGGUGGGGAUAUGGACGGGUUAAAGAAGAUACGAAAGUUCGAACCGUGCGAACCGAACGGGUCGUGUGACUGGGUCGAGCUGAACGACGUCGAAUUAGCAGAAGGAAGGUGGUAUGCCACCAACCAGAUAUUACCGGACGGUUCAGUAAUUAUCGUCGGAGGGAGAGGAGCUCACACGGUGGAAUAUUACCCGCCGAGGAAUGGCGCCGUUUCGUUCCCAUUUCUUGCUGACGUAGAGGACACCCAGAUGGACAACUUGUACCCUUAUGUGCACCUCCUCCCCAACGGUCAUCUCUUCAUCUUCGCCAACACGAAAUCCGUGUUAUACGAUUAUCACAGCAACAAAAUUCUGAAAAAUUUUCCGCCGUUGGAUGGAGGCCCAAGGAACUACCCGUCGGCCGGAUCGUCGGCAAUGCUGGCCCUUCGCGGGGACUACUCCACGGCGGAAAUUGUCAUCUGCGGCGGAGCCGAGUACGGUGCGUUUCUCCAAAAGAGCAUCGAUACCCCAGCGCACGGCAGCUGCGGCCGGAUUGUCGCCACGGAUCCAAAUCCGGUUUGGCAAAUGGAGGAUAUGCCGAUGGGUCGGAUCAUGGGAGACAUGGUGAUGCUUCCCACUGGCGACGUGUUGAUCAUCAACGGAGCGCAAUCGGGGACGCAGGGGUUUGAGAUGGCCUCAGACCCGUGUUUAUAUCCGCUUUUAUAUCGACCCGACCAACCCAUCGGGUUGCGAUUCAUGACCCUCAACCCAGGUACAAUACCCCGAUUGUACCACUCAACAGCAAACUUAUUACCAGAUGGGAGGGUGUUGCUUGCAGGAAGUAAUCCACACUAUUUCUACAAAUUGGAUGCUGAAUUCCCGACGGAGUUGCGGAUUGAAGCGUUUUCGCCGGAGUAUUUAUCAGCAGAUAGGGCAAAUAUCCGACCCGCAAUGCAGAGGAUACCGGAGACGGUACGCUACGGUGGAAAGUUCGAGGUGCUUAUAUCGGUUUCAUUGCCCGUGGUGGGAAUAGUGGAAGUAAACCUGGGAAGCGCACCAUUUGCCACGCAUUCUUUUUCUCAUGGUCAACGGCUGGUCAAACUAGCCGUUACAUCCGCCGUGCCGGACGGUGACGGAACGUACAAGAUUGUGUGUACAGCGCCACCUAACGCAGUCGUUGCUCCGCCAGGUUACUACAUGGCAUUUGCUGUUAACCAAGGCGUGCCAAGCGUAGCUCGUUGGGUGCAUCUCGCUGCAUAGCAGGUUCGAUAACCUUAGAGCCUUGUGUGUGUGUGUGUGUGUUUUAACCUUAUCCUAUUGCUCUGGAAAAAUGAAUUUUAGCUUUCAUUCAUUUACUUUGGUUAAUUCGGCAAUUGUUGAUAUGAAAUAUCCUCGUAAAUGUCGAUCUCAGGAUGAUAGAUCAAAAUCUUGAUUGAUAUUUUAUUUGGAUUGUGGAGUUCCAAAAAAAAGAAAAACUAACGGAACAAGAACAAUCUAAUUGAAUGUACGUGACAGUGAAAUUCCAACGGCGUAAUAUAAUGGAAAAUUGUAGCAGUGCAUUUUUACCUUUUCCAA